CAUACCUUGGAUCUUGCUAUCUGAAAUAAAAUCCGAGGAGGACUUGUUUUGACGUUUUGUAUUUAACUAAUCUAUCAAUGCAUUGUUAUCGCAUCUGUGAUGUCUGACAGCGAUAUUUCUGGCAGCUUUCUACACAGCAAGAAUCAAAACAGGUUAUUACUUGAAAUAUGUGAGCUGCAGAGCUCUGGUGAUGAUGGUGAUGAAGACAGGAGGCUAAAAAGAAGGGAAAAGAACAGGGUGGCAGCGAAGAACAGCCGAAAAAAGCAGACACAAAGAGCAGAUGAGCUGCAUGAGGCAUAUGAGUGUCUGGAGCAGAAGAACAGACAGCUGAAGAAGGAUGUGCAGUUUCUGUCUGAGGAGCAGAGGCGUCUAACGGAGGCCCUCAAGGCCCAUGAGCCUCUCUGUCCCAUCAUGCACUGUGUUGCCAACCUGGGGUCAGGGACGUUGGGACCCAGGGAUGUAGGGGUCCCCUCCUGUCUGCCCAGAUAGCCAACAUACCAUGCACGGACCACAGAGACAAACCAACGUGGGAGACUUGUGAACAGAGUUAACAGGUCAGAUUAUAUGUCCUCAUCUGCCCUUUUUAUUCUCGGCGUCAAUUGUUUUUGUACAGUUUGAAUCAAGUUGUAAUUUAAUAAUUAUAGGCUUACGUAAUGAGCUUUGUUUCAGAUGUUCAAGUUGCUAAACUGGUUUACCAGUACCUGGGCUUGACCAUGUGGGAACUUACUUAUACUUUACCAGAAAAAAAGAAACCAUUUAAAGGUUUUUGGUUUCUUGUUUCUUAGUCCCUAAUCUAAAACAUUUAAUACACUGGCUAUUACCAAUGGAUUCAUGCAAUUCAAUGCUUACUUGAUCAAAUCAAAUAAUCAAAUCACUUAAUCCAACUAUAAUAUGUACAGUUUUAUUAUUAUUGUUUGUUAGCUCAUGUUAUGACAUUGUUAUAGAGUGUACCCUCUCUUCCCUAUAAUGUGGGUAAAUACUCACUAACCUCAUUACAUCUUCGUCUCAUAACUUAAAAAAAUUAAAUACGUUUGAAGCAAGCCAUUAUCAUUCACUAACUCAAUAAAAGGGGGAACAUUUUGGGAAUUCUUGUCCCAAUCAAUGAUCUACAGCAUGUAUGGUCUAUCUUGAUGACAUGACUGCAGGCUUCUCUAAAAUGUUAUUAUGAAUGGAUGGAUACAUUCACAGUAGUAAUUGGCAAGGCUUCUACUAAAUGCAGACUGACCACUGAGAAAUGUGAAAGACUCUUCAGCCACACAGACAGUUCAUUUCAUACCAAAGGAUUUAUAGACUUCUGCAUUCUGCAUUUGAGGGGGAUUGUGGUGAUUAUAAUAAAGCCUUUUGUGUGGAUCGCUUCUUCA